AUGGCCACUCCAGCGGUGCAAGUCACUCCCGAUACCCUUAUCACCUUCAAGGUGAGCCUUGAUGGCUCGCCUCGUCGCUUUAAGCUGCCUCUGCGCGAUGUCGGCAUCAACGUCCUCGAGGGCAAGCUUCGUGCUGCCCUGAACAUCCCUCCGGAGGUCGAUGCCGUCUUUGAGCGCUUCUCCGACUCUGCCGCUGCCUUUGUCGUGCUGGACCAAAACAAGCCUGCCGUCUACAAGCAACUCUACCGUGCUGCCAAGGCGAAGCAGAAGCUUAAGUUGCGUGUCACAACUAAGAAGCCCGAGGAGGCUAACAACAAGCCUCAGCCGGCUGCCGUUGAGGAUGCUCCCGAGCAGGAGGCUCAGCAGCCUGUCGAGUCUGUCCCUGCACCGGAGCGCGAGGCUGACUCGGCAACCGCCGAGAACAUCGCUUCUGCCCCUGAGAGACCUGCCAGUCCCAUGCCUGAGGAGAAGCAGGUCGAGAUUACCCAGGCUGCCGCCGAGCAGAGCACCACCGAGACCAACAGUGCUAUUGAGUCGUUCGGUGAGAAGCUGAAGACCAGCACAGAGUACCUGAGAGAGGUUCUCAACGAGGCCUCGACAGCGCCUGCUGCUGCUCCAGAGCAGCUGCCACCUGUUCCUGCACCGGCUCCCGCGGCUGUUCCUCUUCCCUGCCGCGUUGAUUGCCCGCCUCUGCGUUCUCACUACGCUGAAUGUGUCGACCGCGGGGUCACCUGCAAGGGUGCUGAUCACUGGAUGAUCAAGCGCUUUGUCCGCGAUGGCGUCAUUAUCAACAGCACAACGGAGCGUCUUCCGCCCAAGACGAAGCCUGCUCCCACGGAAACCCCCAAGCCUGCGACGACGUCGGCGUCACCUCCGAGGACCUUCCCUACCGGUCCUGCAGCUCCCGUCACUUCUGUCACCCCUCCUAUUGCUCCUCCGGUGCCGACAAUGACCUCCGAGCGUAUUAUCCCCGUUUUCAACGACUUCCUGUACUCAAGCAUGCGCACUUGCAACUGCUGUGUACGGGACUUCCCGGAGGUGGCCUUUGUCCACUGCACUACUUGCGAGGACUAUGACCUCUGCCGUUCUUGCUUCGCCAAGAACCGCCACGGUCAUCACCCCGGCCAUGCCUUUGUUCCCGCCGUUGAAGGCACCAGGCUGGAGCCCGAGGUGGCUCGUCUCCUGGCCCCUGGCCGGGGAGUCAUCCACAAUGCCCUGUGCGAUGGCUGCGAUAACACCAUCCGUGGUGUUCGUCACAAGUGCCUGAACUGCCCUGACUGGGACUACUGCUCUCAGUGUAUUCUGAAUGCCCCUGUCAUCCAUCCGGGCCACCGCUUCGUGCCCAUCUACGAGCCUCUGGAGCAGGCAGACAGUAAUGCCAACUUCCGCUUCCAGUCUCGUCCUGUACACUUCGGCAUUUGCUGCGAUGGCCCACUUUGCAAUAACGGGCCCAACAGCAACCGAUACAUUGUUGGCGACCGCUACAAGUGCGCUGUUUGCCACGACACCGACUUCUGCGAGGCUUGCGAGGCCAGCCCCGCUAACACUCAUAACAAGACUCACCCACUUAUCAAGUUCAAGACUCCUGUUCGCCAUGUGAGCGUCACCACCACCGGUGAGAACGAGCAUGGUCGUCAGAUGCCACCUAUGGGUGAUCGCAGGGUGCCCCGUCCUCGUGCUCCCGAGUCAGCUCCUCAUCAGUGCCCUGCUCCCAGCAACGUUGGCAACGUCCAGACCGUUGUUGACGUCAAGCCGAUUGAGCCAGAGGUUCCUGUCAAGGAGGAGAAAGUUGAGGAGAAGGUCGAGAAGAAGCCAGAGCCGGUUGUUGAGAAGGAGCCAUCGGCUGAAGAGCUCGAGGCCACUUUCGUCCGCGACACUGUUCAGGAUGGCACCGUCCUUGCUCCCAACCACCUCUUCGAGCAGACUUGGGUUCUGCGCAACACGGGCAAGGUCGCCUGGCCGGCUGGCUGCUCGGUCAAGUUCGUUGGUGGCGACUACAUGGGCCGCGUUGACUCGGCCCACCCUGCUGCCUCGAAGGAGGUUGAGGAGUCUUGCGAGUCGACCGUUUGCGACCGCGCCGUCCAGCCCGGCGAGGAGGCUCCCUUCACCGUGCUCCUGCGCACUCCCUACCGCGCAUGCCGUGUUAUUUCCCACUGGCGUCUAACCACCCCGAAGGGUACCAAGUUCGGCCACCGCCUGUGGUGCGAUGUUGUUGUUGAGAAGCCCAAGUCUCGUUCUCCUUCUCCUGCUCCCGCCUUCGUCGAGGAGAAGGCCAAGGAAGUGAGCCCCGAGCCCGAGCCGGCCACCAGCCAGAUGAUCUUCCCCAAGCUGGACAGAGAGUCGCCCGUUAUGAGCGUUCAUGAGGAGGAGGCCCGGUCGGAGGGUGUUCCUACUUCUGUCGCAGUUCCAAGCAUCCAGGAUGAGUUUGAGGACUGCGAGGACGUCGACUGGCCUGAAAACGGCUCGGAGGAUGGGUUCCUUACUGAUGAGGAGUACGACGUUCUUGAUGCCUCGGAUGAGGAGUUCUCCAUGGGGUUGCACCCGUCGACGAGCAAACAGAAGUAA